UCAUAACUCUAGAGAAGUCAUUUUUCUACUUCCUUUUUCAUUAUUUGGUGUUAAUUGUUUGAGUAUUGUAAUAAAAUGGAAAUGUCCAUGAAAGUUAAAUUUACUUUGUGCUGAUUGUAUUACUAGUAAUGGUUUUAUAGCUCCUUUUUUUACCUAUUUUUUUUUCUUGGUAUUGAAAGAGAAACACUAUGGAAAAUAUUUCAAGUUCAACUACUCAUCUUCUUCUUCUUCUUCUUGCUUUAUUGUUCACCUUCCAUCAUCUACAAACAAUUAUUAGAGUUGAAUGCAGCAACCUAAACUACACCAAGUACAGACAAGUUAGUAGUUUGAGACUUGAAAGAAUUCAGAGGCAUUUGGACAAGAUUAAUAAGCCUCCUGUUCUAACCAUAGAGAGUGAAGAUGGUGAUCUCAUAGAUUGUGUUCACAAAAGAAAUCAACCAGCUUUAGAUCAUCCUCUUUUAAAGAAUCAUAAGAUUCAGAAAAAGCCAUCAAUGAUGCCAAAGGAGAUGACUAUGAAUAUUAAUGUAGAGUCUAUAAAUGAGAAAAAUAGUAAGAAUGGUGGCGCAUGGCAAAUGUGGCAUCAAAAUGGAACAAGAUGUCCAAAGGGAACUGUACCGGUACGGCGGAGCACGGUGCAUGAUGUGUUGAGAGCUAAAUCUUUGUAUGAUUAUGGUAAGAAACAACGACGGUCGCCGCUUCUAAACCGCCACAGCGAACCACCUGAAGUUGUUAGCAGCAAUGGCCAUGAGCAUGCAAUAGCAUUUACAAAAGCAGGGGAAGAAGUGUAUGGGGCAAAGGCAACAAUAAAUGUGUGGGAUCCAAUGAUAGAAGUUGUGAACGAAUUCAGUAUUUCUCAAAUAUGGAUACUUUCUGGAUCCUUUGAUGGCUCUGAUCUUAACAGCAUUGAAGCUGGUUGGCAGGUCAGUCCGGAGCUUUAUGGUGACAGCAGGCCAAGAUUAUUCACUUACUGGACGAGUGAUGCAUAUCAAGCCACGGGAUGCUACAAUCUUCUUUGUUCUGGUUUUGUGCAAACAACUAGCAAGAUAGCCAUUGGAGCAUCCAUUUCUCCUCUCUCUUCUUAUAAUGCCAAACAGUAUGACAUUACUAUCCUCAUUUGGAAGGAUCCAACAAUCGGAAACUGGUGGAUGCGUUUUAGUGACAACACAUUAGUAGGCUAUUGGCCGGCUGAGUUAUUCACACACUUAGCCGACCGUGCCACCAUGGUCGAAUGGGGUGGUGAGGUUGUAAACUCUCGCGCCAACGGCCAACACACCUCCACUCAAAUGGGAUCCGGUCAUUUCGCCGAUGAUGGUUUUGGAAAAGCAAGUUACUUCAGGAACCUCGAGGUCGUCGACACGGACAAUAGCCUCACAUCGGCGAGCAACAUCUUAACCCUAGCUGAGAACAAAAAUUGUUACAAUAUCAAAAGCUUCUACAACAACAAAUGGGGAACACAUUUCUACUAUGGUGGUCCUGGAAACAAUCCACGAUGCAAGUGAUCAUGAAAUUAUUAAAUCAAACUCAUGAUUAUUACCCUUUCUUCCAUUCUAGCUAGUACUCAAUUAUAUAUAUGUAGUAUUGUAGAAUUUUUAAUUAGCUAGUUGAUUCAUAUCAUAUUUCUCUAGUUAGCUUUGUGUUUCAUAUUCUUUACUUGUACGUAAAUAUAUAAUUGUUAUUGAGCCAUUUCCAUCCUUGUUUCUGCCA